AACGUUGAGAGGAGAAACUUGACAGGGGCCGUUACUUGGACUUGUAAGGUACCACAAACCUUAACUUCGUGGGCAUGCAAUUGGAUGUCGGUAACGAAGUUCCCUUCAACUGCACCUGACCCACUAAGAGACACAACUGCUUUUUACAUAUCGAAGCUGCAAUACCAGAUCUUUUCCAGCUUCAGUCCUACCUUAAAAAAAACUUUUUUUUUCUUCUCAUAAUUCUGCCCUUGUAACAGGUAAUCCUCUUCGUUAGUCAAUCUUUCAGCUGUAAGGCUGUUUUUUACCUGGUCAAAAUCUGUGGGCGCAAUUCCCAACUUUGCCAUUUUCACCAUCCCAUCCGAGCCGCUGUGAAUAAUUUCCCCUUCCGAAAAAUUCCUAACAUUACAUCUCCUGCUCUUUACUGAGUCCACGGAGAUAGACUUAAUACACCUAUAUCCUCCUGCCUCGUCCGUUAUUCUUCGAUACCCUUAAAUCAUGUAUGGGACCGCGGGCACAGGCCCUCAAACGGGCGUAUCUACUCCCAGAUCAAACUCAUCCCUCCGACCUCUUACCAUCGCGCAUGGGUCUCUUGAGGCGUCGUUCCUCGUACCUACCAGUAUCCAUUUCCAUGCCUCCCAACUCAAAGACCGGUUCACAGCUGGCCUCCCAGCGCCCACCGAUGAAUUAGCUCUAGACGAUGAGCCAUCCUCCGUAGCAGAACUUGUUGCGAGGUACAUGGGAUUUGUAGCGCAUGAAGUCGAAGAGGGGGAAGAUGAUGCCCAGGGUUCGUACGAAGAAGUCUUAAAACUCGUUCUCAACGAGUUCGAGCGAAUGUUCCUUCGAGGAAAUGACGUCCACACCCUAGCAAAGAACCUACCAGGUAUUCUCGCAAAGCAGAUAACUGUCGUACGAUGCUAUUAUGCAGCUCGCUCAGUAGCAAAUCGUGCUAUCAGACCACAUGAAUCUGCGCUUUUGAGAGCCGCAGAUGAGGGCAAUGCUGGUAUCUAUAGCAUCUUUGGUGGACAAGGAAACAUUAUUGAAUAUUUCGACGAGCUACGUGAAGUAUAUGAUACGUACCCCUCUUUCGUCGGAGAGCUCGUAGCUGCUUCGGCCGACCUGCUUCAUACCCUUGCUUUAGACCCGAGGGCAGAAAAACUAUACGCCAAGGGACUCGACGUAAUGGAAUGGCUACGUAACCCAGAUGCAACUCCUGAUGCUCAGUACCUUAUCUCUGCUCCCGUGAGCUUACCUUUGAUUGGUUUGGUGCAGUUAUGUCACUAUCAAGUCCUUGGAAAGGGGCUUGGUGUACACCCUGGAAUUCUGCGGGAUCGCAUUCUCGGCGCAACGGGUCAUUCUCAAGGUGUUAUUGUCGCGGCAGCUACCGCUGCGGCUGACUCGUGGGAGUCGUACGAGAAGCUGGCGAAAGAUGCACUCACAAUUCUCUUCUGGAUUGGUGCUCGUAGCCAGCAAGUUUUCCCCAAAACUUCGUUGACUCCUGUUAUGCUACAGGACUCCAUCGAUAAUGGUGAGGGGGACCCGACCCCUAUGUUAAGCAUUCGAGACCUGCCGCAGAGCGAGGUGCAGAAGCACAUCGAUGCCACAAAUCAGUACCUUCCUGAAGACCGUCACAUCGCGAUAUCGCUUGUGAAUAGCCCCAGAAAUAUGGUAGUUACUGGCCCGCCAAUUUCGCUUUAUGGUCUUAAUCUUCAGUUGAGAAAGGUUAAGGCGCCAACUGGUCUUGAUCAAACUCGAAUUCCUCAUACGGAACGAAAAGUCAGAUUCGUGAAUCGUUUCUUACCCAUAACUGCACCUUUCCACAGCAAAUACCUCUCUAGCGCAACCCAACUAAUUGACGAGGACCUUAAAGAUGUGAAGAUAGAUUCUUCGUCUUUGGGAAUUGCUGUUUACAACACCUGCACUGGCGCUGAUCUGAGAGAUGAAGUUCAGGGUAAUAUUGUACCCGCUUUAGUCCGUAUGAUUACGCGCGACCCCGUCAACUGGGAAAAGGCAACCGUCUUCCCCGGAGCUACUCACGUUUUGGACUUUGGCCCAGGCGGCAUUUCAGGGCUCGGUAUCUUGACCAGCCGUAACAAAGAAGGCACAGGUGUACGCGUGAUUCUGGCUGGUACGAUCGACGGUGCCGCUCAAGAAGUUGGGUACAAGUCUGAGCUCUUUGACCGUGAUGAAGAACAUGCCGUAGUGUAUGCAAACGACUGGGUUAAGGAAUACGGCCCGCGACUGGUCAAGACAUCAAGCGGGCAAACUUACGUGGAUACUAAGAUGAGCAGAUUGCUGGGUGUGCCUCCAAUUAUGGUGGCCGGUAUGACACCAGCCACCGUCCCGUGGGAUUUUGUUGCAGCAACCAUGAAUGCUGGCUAUCAUAUCGAAUUAGCCGGUGGUGGUUACUAUAACGGCAAGACCAUGACUGAAGCUCUAUCCAAGAUAGAAAAGGCCAUCCCAGCUGGACGCGGAGUUACGAUCAAUUUAAUCUACGUAAACCCCCGUGCUAUGGGCUGGCAAAUCCCCUUGAUCGGCCGGCUCCGUUCUGAGGGUGUUCCUAUCGAAGGUUUGACUAUCGGUGCGGGUGUCCCCUCUAUCGAAGUGGCACAGGAAUACAUCGAAACCCUCGGUCUUAAGCACAUUGCUUUCAAACCAGGCUCUAUGGAGGCGAUCCAAGCAGUUAUCAACAUUGCUAAGGCGAACCCAACAUUCCCCGUUAUCUUACAAUGGACUGGUGGCCGAGGAGGGGGUCAUCAUUCGUUCGAGGACUUCCACCAACCCAUCCUACAAAUGUACCCGCGCAUCCGACGAUCAGACAACAUCAUUCUCGUUGCUGGCAGUGGAUUUGGUGGAGCUGAAGACACAUAUCCGUACCUUACCGGCGAAUGGUCGAAGAAGUAUGGGUAUCCGCCGAUGCCAUUUGAUGGAUGCCUGUUUGGCAGUCGUAUGAUGGUUGCUAAGGAAGCUCAUACUAGCAGGGCUGCUAAGCAAGCCAUCAUAGAUGCCGAGGGCCUCGACGAUGAUGAGUGGGAGAAGACGUACAAAGGUCCGGCUGGUGGUGUCAUUACCGUCCGAUCGGAGAUGGGCGAGCCUAUUCACAAGCUCGCAACCAGAGGUGUCAGGUUCUGGGCAGAAAUGGAUAACAAGAUUUUCAGCUUACCAAAGGAAAAACGCGUUGCCGAGCUGAAGAAGAACAGAGACUACAUCAUCAAGAAGUUGAACGAUGACUUCCAAAAGGUGUGGUUUGGCCGAAAUAAAGCUGGCCAGACAGUCGAUCUUGAGGAUAUGACCUACGGUGAAGUUGUGCGCCGGAUGGUAGAUCUUCUCUAUGUCAAGCACGAGUCACGAUGGAUCGACCCGUCAUUCGCCAAGCUCACAGGUGAUUUCAUUCAUCGUGUCGAAGAACGGUUCACUCAUGGUACUGGACAGCCUUCUUACUUGCAAAGCUACUCCGAACUUAACGAGCCGUUUUCUGCCGUCGAGAGGAUUCUUUCGCAUUAUCCCGAAGCUGAAACUCAGAUUAUAAAUGCUCAGGACGUUCAGCACUUCUUACUUCUAUGCCAGCGUCGCGGUCAAAAACCCGUUACCUUUGUUCCAUCUCUUGAUGAGAAUUUUGAGUUUUUCUUCAAGAAAGAUUCACUUUGGCAAUCGGAAGAUCUUGCUGCAGUCAUUGAUCAAGACGUUGGACGUACUUGUAUUCUUCAAGGUCCUACCGCCGUCAAGUACUCAACCGUGAUCGAUGAACCCAUCAAAGACAUUCUAGACGGAAUUCACAACGCCCAUAUCGCCAGCUUAACUAGGGAUAUAUACGCCAACAAACCCGAAACCAUCCCUGUCAUUGAGUACUUUGGUGGUAAGCUCAUAGAUACCGAAGUACCAUUGGAUAUCGAAGGCCUCACGGUAUCAUACGACCAACACAAAAACACAUACCGUCUGUCAUCGUCGCCUGGCGUUGCUUUACCCUCGGUUGACAGUUGGCUUGCGCUAUUAGCAGGACCCAACCGUAAUUGGCGCCAUGCGUUAUUCACUUCCGAAGUGUUGGUGCAAGGCCACAAGUACCAGACGAAUCCAAUGAAGAGAAUAUUCGCACCAGUCCGUGGUCUUUUCGUUGAGAUCCUAUAUCCUAAUGAUCCGGCCAAAACAUCCAUUAUCGUCCGCGAGCAACCACGACAUGAUCACUACGUAGAUGUGAUUGAAGUCAAGCUGGACGGUAAGAGCGAGAUUGUCGUUAGCAUGAUUAAGGAUACCACCGCUCUCGGCCAGCCCGUGUCGCUACCACUUCGGUUUACUUACCAUCCCGAAGCUGGAUAUGCUCCGAUUCACGAAGUUAUGGAAGGACGAAAUGACCGUAUCAAAGAAUUUUACUGGCGCGCUUGGUUUGGAGACGAGACUCUCGACCUUGACGUUCCCGUCACCAGCAAAUUCGAUGGAGGACGAGCUACCAUUACCAAGGAGGCUAUCAACGACUUCGUUCACGCUGUGAGCAACACUGGCGAGGCAUUCGUCGAUCGUCCUGGCAAGGUUAUGUUUGCCCCUAUGGAUUUCGCUAUUGUCGUCGGAUGGAAGGCCAUCACGAAACCCAUCUUCCCCCGAAAGAUCGAUGGUGACCUUCUUAAGCUUGUGCAUCUUUCCAACGGCUUCCGCAUGAUGCCAGGUGCGGACCCCUUGAAGAAAGGCGAUGAAGUCAAGACAACAGCACAGAUCAACGCCGUAAUCAACGAAGAAUCUGGCAAGAUGGUUGAAGUAUGCGGUACGAUUUAUAGAGAUGGAAAAGCUGUUAUGGAAGUCACAUCACAGUUCUUGUACCGCGGUGUCUAUACAGAUUAUGAAAACACCUUCCAGCGCAAGAUGGAGACGCCAAUGCAGGUCCACCUUGCUACCUCCCAGGACGUUGCGGUUCUGAAGUCAAAGGACUGGAUCCAGUUCGACAAUAAUGAUAUCGAACUACUCGGCCUAACGUUGACAUUCCGCCUGCAGAGUUUUUACAAAUUCAAGAACAAGACCGUCUACAGCAGUGUCGAGACGCGUGGCCAAGUGCUAUUAGAGCUUCCCACCAAGGAGAUCAUCCAAGUAGCAAGCGUCGACUAUGAAGCCGGCGUGUCUCAUGGCAAUCCUGUUGUCGACUAUCUCGAACGACAUGGUUCUUCUAUUGAACAGCCGAUCAACUUUGAAAACCCUAUUCCCCUCAGCGGCAAGACACCUCUGCAACUGAAGGCGCCAGCUUCCAACGAGACAUACGCUAAAGUAUCUGGUGAUUAUAAUCCUAUCCACGUUUCUCGUGUAUUCUCCAGCUAUGCCAACCUCCCCGGCACCAUUACCCACGGCAUGUACUCAAGUGCUGCCGUGCGAAGUCUAGUGGAGACCUGGGCCGCCGAGAACAAUAUUGGCCGCGUUCGCAGUUUCCAUGCCUCUCUUGUCGGUAUGGUACUACCCAACGACGACAUUCAAGUCAAGCUUGAGCAUGUCGGUAUGAUAGGCGGCCGCAAGAUUAUUAAAGUUGAAGCGAGCAAUGAGAACGAGGAGAAGGUACUGCUUGGAGAGGCUGAAGUUGAGCAGCCGGUGACGGCAUAUGUUUUCACUGGCCAGGGAUCUCAAGAGCAGGGCAUGGGUAUGGACUUGUACAAUUCCAGCCCUGUUGCCAAGGAAGUCUGGGAUAGGGCCGAUAAGUAUCUCCUAGAUACAUAUGGUUUCUCUAUUCUGAAUAUCGUGAAGAACAAUCCGAAGGAAUUGACUAUUCACUUUGGUGGUCCUCGGGGUAAAGCAAUCCGUGAAAAUUACAUGCAGAUGAAUUUCGAGACCAUCGCCGCGGAUGGCUCAGUGAAAUCUGAGCGCAUAUUCAAAGAGAUCAACGAGAAGACGACAUCUUACACGUACCGAUCACCGACGGGUCUUCUAUCGGCAACCCAAUUUACACAGCCCGCCCUUACCCUCAUGGAAAAGGCCAGUUUUGAAGACAUGAAUGCCAAGGGUCUCGUACCGCGAGACAGCACCUUCGCCGGUCAUUCGUUGGGCGAGUACUCAGCCCUCGCCGCGUUAGCAGACGUGCUGCCCAUCGAGUCUCUUGUUUCGGUUGUUUUCUACCGUGGAUUAACGAUGCAAGUCGCCGUCGAGCGAGACGCCCAAGGCCGGUCAAACUACUCUAUGUGCGCCGUCAAUCCAAGCCGAAUUUCGAAGACCUUCAGCGAAGGUGCUCUUCGUUAUGUGGUUAGCAAUAUUGCCGAGGAGACAGGUUGGCUGUUGGAGAUUGUCAACUACAACAUCGCCAAUAUGCAGUACGUCUGUGCUGGUGACCUGCGGGCGCUGGACACGCUUACUGGCGUACUAAACUUCUUGAAAUCACAGAAGGUGGAUAUCAAUCAGCUCCGCCAAGAUUUGAGCAUAGAGGAAGUGAAAGGGCACCUUGUCGACAUAAUCAAGGGUUGCGCUCAGAAGACCUUGGAGAAGCCGACGCCCCUGGAACUCGAAAGAGGCUUCGCCACUAUUCCUCUCAAGGGUAUCGACGUGCCAUUCCACUCGACAUUCUUACGGUCAGGCGUCAAGCCUUUCCGAAAUAUACUCCUGAAGAAGAUCAAUAAGACAUCGAUUGAUCCCGCCAAGCUGGUCGGAAAGUACAUUCCUAAUGUCACAGCUCGGCCGUUCGAGCUUACAAAGGAGUAUUUCCAAAACGUAUAUGACCUCACGGGGUCGCCCAAGAUCGCACAGAUCUUGCAGGAUUGGGACAGUUAUCAGGACGAUACCAACGGUGUUAGCGGUGUGAACUCACCUCCGGCGCAGGUGAACGGUUACUAGAAACCAGGGGAUCUAAAACAGGCGAAUCGGUGUUAAAAAAACCUAAUAGCAUAUGGGCGGCAUUCUUAGACUUUUAUUUAUCACUUUUGUGUUAGUAUAUUUAUGACGUUCCUCUUGAAACAAACCAACAUGCAGAAGGACUUAUCCUUGGAGGUGCCAUUGCUUGCCUAUUUUGACUUGUUUAUGUCGUAAGAGGUAAUAAUCCAUACGUGCUAAUAGG